AUGACCGGCUUGUUUAACACCUUCACGACUGCGCGAAGAAGGCUGAGAGUUUUAAAAGCACCAAGAGGCGCCUUUCUCUUCAAACUCUUCAAACUGACACGCCAGCGUGGAGCAGCCCGAGCCGCAGGGAACCAAGAACUCACGUCCGAGCUCACAAGGCUUUGCAGAGAGGCGAUAAAGGAAGACCUUAAAGAGAGAAGAGCAGAAGUGCUGGCUGAAGCUGCAGAGGCGGGGAAAAGCAUCCGCUAUGCCCGUCGAGACUUCGCCAGUCACAAGACGAGGAUUACUGCUCUCCGGAACCCAAAGGGAACAGCCAUUGCAUCGAGAAGGGGGAUGGAGAAAAUCAUCUACGACUUCUACUCUGAUCUCUUCGACAGCCAUGUCCACUUGCCUCCUCACCAUCUGGACAAGUCAUUCCAGAGGUUCUCCCGUCCGAAAUACGACAUGCUAUCAUGUCGCCUUCCGCCAGUACUCAUCAACACCCUGGCGAGGCUCUUUACAUGUUAUCUGUCGGAUUGCAAGGUUCCUAAACAGUGGAAGACCAGCAAGACCGUGUUGUUGUAUAAAAAGGGAGAUCCACAUGACAUCGGCAACUAUCGUCCAAUCUGCCUACUGUCCGUCAUCUACAAGCUCAUUACAAGAGUAAUCCUUAAUAGGAUUGAAAAAGUUUUGGAUGAAGGACAGCCUUGCGAGCAAGCAGGGUUUCGAAAAGGAUUCAGCACGAUUGGCCACAUUCACACUGUUUCGGAACUCAUCGAGGUAUCACGAGAGUACAAGAUGCCGCUCUGUCUCACCUUCAUCGACUUAAAGAAGGCCUUCGACUCAGUUGAGACGGAAGCGGUCAUGGAAGCCUUGGACAACCAAGGCGUCCCUACUCAGUACAUAAAGGUACUUCGAGAGUUGUACAGUAACUUCACGACCGGAAUUUCGCCAUUCUACAAGAACAUCAUCAUUGACGUGAAGAGAGGGGUCCGACAGGGUGAUACAAUUUCACCCAAAAUAUUCACAGCCACCCUCGAGAACGCAAUGCGAAAGCUGGAAUGGGACGAGAUGGGAGUGAAGGUUGAUGGUCGGCAGCUACACCAUUUGCGCUUUGCUGAUGACAUCGUACUGAUAACACCUAGCAUCAGCCAAGCGGAACGAAUGCUGACCGAAUUCGACGAAACAUGUGGAUGCAUUGGUCUUCAGCUGAAUCUACGAAAAACGAUGUUCAUGCGGAACGGAUGGGUCUCGAAUGCCCCAUUCACGCUCAACGGAACGAACAUAUCCGAAUGCACCAGCUACGUUUAUCUGGGUCGGGAACUGAACAUGAUGAACAACCUGACCCCCGAGUUGGGCAGGAGGAGACGAGCGGCUUGGGGAGCGUACAAGAGCAUCGAGGAUGUAGUGAAGAAGACCAGGAACAUCUGGCUCCGUGCUCACCUCUUCAAUACCACCGUACUUCCUGCUUUGACCUAUGCUUCGGAAACCUGGGCAUUUCGCAAGUAG